AUGUCACUACAAGGGGUACCAAUCGAGAAGGUUGAGCGUUUUGUUUAUCUUGGGCAAGUAAUCCAAUUAAGUAGGAAUCAUACCUCAGAGAUCUCCAAAGGAAUAUCUUCCGCUUGGAACUCUUAUCGCAAAGUCGGUGCCCUGUUAACACAUCGACUUACGGAUAUGAGUCUAAAAAGAAAAGUUUUCCACAUGUGCAUCCUGCCGAUUUUGUUGUAUGGCUGUGAAGCUUGGUGUCUCACUAAAGAAGCACAGUCUAAGCUAAUGCGCUGUCAGCGAUCGAUGGAACGGAGAAUGCUAGGAAUAUGUUUGAGAGAUCAUGUAAGGCAUGAGGACAUCCGCGCGAGGACUGGUUUAAAGGAUGUAUGCAAGGAGGCAAAGAAGCGGAAAUGGAAGUACAUGGAGAAAAUGCAGCUAAGACGCGAGGAAGGAAGAUGGGAUCAACGACUGAUGGAUUGGACGCCGCCCUACAAACGACCGCUUGGACGCCCCAGACUCAGAUGGACCGACGAUUUUCGAAAGCACCAUGGCCUGAGAUGGAGAGACCUUACACUGACCAGACAAUGGAAUCCCGACUGA